CGCCAGCUGAGGUGACGUGACUUGGGCACCGCCAUGCCUCGGGGCAGCUCCUGUGAGGGACAUCGGCCACUAUAAACCCUUCACGGCGCUCCCCCGGGGUUUCCACCGAGCCCUGAGGCCGUUUCACGCCGGUUCUGACACCGGGCAGAGGCUCCAGGGCGCUCGGGGCGGCUCCGGGACAGCCCCGCGGCGGGUCGCAAGAUGGCGCCGGGCCGCCAUCACCUCAGCCGACCUCCCUCCCCCCCCCUCCUCCCCCCCCCCCGGCGCGGUGCAUGCCGGGUAAGGAGCCCCGCCGGGAGCCCGCCAUUUUCUGUCAGGGCUGGCGGGAAAGGCGGGAAGGGAGCGAGCGCAGCCCCAGCGCCGCCGCGGGACUCCCAACGGCUCCAGCGGCCGCCGCCAGCCACGCACGUAGCAGCCCCUAGCGAGCUCCCGGCAUGGCCCGCACCAAGCAGACGGCCCGCAAGUCCACGGGCGGCAAGGCGCCGCGCAAGCAGCUGGCCACCAAGGCGGCCCGGAAGAGCGCGCCGUCCACGGGGGGCGUGAAGAAGCCCCACCGCUAUAGGCCGGGCACCGUGGCGCUGCGGGAGAUCCGGCGGUACCAGAAGUCGACAGAGCUGCUGAUCCGCAAGCUGCCCUUCCAGCGCCUGGUGCGCGAGAUCGCGCAGGACUUCAAGACCGACCUGCGCUUCCAGAGCGCCGCCAUCGGGGCGCUGCAGGAGGCCAGCGAAGCGUACCUGGUGGGGCUCUUCGAGGACACCAACCUCUGCGCCAUCCACGCCAAGAGGGUCACCAUCAUGCCCAAGGACAUCCAGCUGGCGCGGCGCAUCCGCGGCGAGCGGGCUUAGCGCCGCCGGAGGGACUUGGGGGCGGGGGGGGGGUCCUGGGGGGCUUCUCCUGCUCCCCACCCC